AUGGCGGUGUUAGGGGACCUCCAUGUUCUGCUUCCCAAAAGGGGAGAUACAGAGCAGUACCCUGAGAGCUAUAUAAGAAAGUGCUCGGCACAAGAGCAAACACUUUUUCAGGUGAAGGACUCUCAUGAAUCAGCCAUGCAUGUGAAUGAAGACACCGUUUCAAGGAGGCUUGGAGCCACUAACAAAACAUAUUUGUAUUUCAUCAUUGCUACCCUUGUUGCGUUACUCAUCUUUGCGUUAGCCACCAUCAUGGUCUUAGUCGUUCAGAGGACGGCAGCUGAUCCUGCCACAGAGGGCAUCGCAAAACCUAUCAGGACAGGGAACACCUCCGAAGACUAUUUAAGAAUCCUACAGAAUGUCCCGACCAAGAGAGCCGCUGCAUACAUGAGAGUGUCCAAUCCAGUAAACAGUUCAAAACUGAGCUUGGUCGAGAAGGGUAUUUGUGAAGACAUUCAGUGCAAGAGCGAAGAGCUGGUGAUACAGAAACAAGGCCUCUACUUGAUCUAUUGCCACUUGAACUUUCACUUUCCCAACUGUUCAAACAGUCCCACCGACCUCAAGAUAGAGUUCCUUGUGAAUGACAAAGUCAACAGGCAAACAUUAUCCACAUGGUGCGCGUCAGAAACGUGCCAAGAAAAGACUUUUAAGACCUUGUUCCUGCUCCAUUUGACGUACCUGGAUGUGAAGGACCGAAUAUCAGUAACACUUAAUCAUCCUAAAUUCUUGAAUGAAAUUUCUCUUCCCAAUGAAAAUGUUCUUGGGGUCUUGAGGUACAGCGAUGAAAUGUGA